CUACAAUAAAAUAAAAAAAGGAAAAAAGCAAUCUUGAUCAUUUUUGCAGUUUUGUCUCUUGCUUUUGAUCAAGAGUUAAAGAAUCUCUCUUUAAUUUUCACCUUCAGUACUCGUCUUGAUCUGUACUAGCUUCAUUUUCAUGCCAUUGAAUUCCAUUUUUCCUUCUUCAUUAUAUGUUCUAGUUAUCAAGUACUAAGCUAGUCUUCUUCAAGAAAACAAUUUUGCAAGUGUUUUGACGCUUUUCUCCUUCACUUUCAAGAAAACAAAUUUUAACAUGAUCCUAGUAGUACUUCAAAAAUUAAUUAAAGCUUUCUUCGUUCUACAUUUCCAUAAUGAAUUGGUGAGAAAUUAAUUAUGUUGAUGAUGCAUGAGAGGGUCAAUAGUGUAUUAUUUCCUAGUUUUGUAGCCAUGUUUCAAAAAGAGAGGACAAAAUUUGUGAACAUCUCCUAGGUUUUUUUUAUUUGUUUUUUCUUUCUUUUCUUUACUAGUUGAAGUCAGCCACUAGUUUCAAUUUUAAUCAUUUUAGUCUAUAUAGCUCUACACCUAGCUUAGCUUCUACUGAAUUAAUAAGUUCCUAUCUUGUCCCUUUUGGUCUACACAUAAGUACAAAAAAAUUUCUUGAAAGAGGUCAGAAAUGGAACUUCCAAGUCAAGAUGAAGAUAUGCCAUUACCAAUUAACAGCACAUAUGUUGGAGGAGGACAUGGUCAUGGGCACAUGAUACAUCAUGAUCCUACACCACCCAACAAUACCAAUCACAUUAUACCACCAUCCAUGAAUGGUCCUCCCAUUGAUGCACCACCAGUAGCAACAGCAGCAGAUCAUCAUGUACCUUUCAAGAAAAUGGUCAGGUACAAAGAGUGUCUAAAGAACCAUGCAGCAUCCAUGGGUGGUAAUGCAACAGAUGGAUGUGGAGAGUUCAUGCCAAGUGGUGAAGAAGGUUCAAUUGAAGCUUUCAUUUGUUCAGCUUGCAAUUGCCACAGAAAUUUCCAUAGAAAAGAAAUAGAAGGUGAUCUACAACAACACCUUCAAUUACCUUCUUCUUGUGAUUGCUUUCAUCAUCUCAACAGGGGAGGAUCAACUAAAAAAGUUUAUUUAGGACACAACAAGAGUAGUAGUACCCUUUUAGGCCCUGAGCCUUUUGGUACUAUAAUUCCAACUAGACCAAUGCCACCACAUCAUCAAAUGAUAAUGUCCUAUAAUAUGGGCUCACUUCCUAAUUCUGAAUCAGAAGAACAUGAUGGUGGAAUUAUGGCUAUGGCUAGGCCAUUACAUCAUGUGAAAAAGAGGUUUAGGACAAAAUUUACUCAAGAACAAAAGGAUAAAAUGCUGAAUUUUGCUGAAAAAGUUGGAUGGAAAAUACAAAAACAAGAAGAAGCUGUGGUGCAACAAUUCUGUCAAGAAGUUGGAGUUAAAAGAAGAGUGCUUAAAGUUUGGAUGCACAACAAUAAGCAUAGCCUUGCCAAGAAAAAUCCCAACAGUACUAUUCCUAAUGAAAAUCAAGUUUGAUGAUUUUCAAUUUUUAUCUCCUAAUUUGUUUUUAUUAGCAUAAUAUUUUAAGAAUAAUAUGUAGUGUAGUACUAGUGCAUGUGGGAAUUUUGGAAUGGUGGGAGGAGAGCUUCUUUAUGGUUGUUUGGAUUUUGUUUAGUUAAUUAACUAAUUAAUCUCAUCUCUCCAGUACUGACUGGAUUUGUCUUUAAUUGUACACCUUUUUCUUGGGAUGACUAAUUUAAAAGUAAUUUAUGAGUUAACUAUAAA